UGUGAACGGGCCAAGCAGGGCGUACAAUUGGUUUUGGUGUAAUCUGUUAAUCUGGGGGGGCGUGUCUUCUUCUAACCAGGGACCCCUCCCGGUGUAACCACGCCCAAUCAGCUGUUUCCUCAACUUCACCGAAGCUCACAAGGAAAACUUUUUUUUCCUCCUCGCUUCUGCCCAGUUGUCUCGGUGGACAUCACCGCGUUUUGUCCCCCUUUGAUCACAUUUCCGUGUAGUGUUAAUCCAGCAAACAAGCGUUGUCGCCAUGUCUCUGGCGGAUCAGCAGUGGUGUCCAACAAGCGUCCAGGUGACGGUGCAGCAAGCCAGAGGCCUCAGGGUGAAGGGGAAGACCGGCACCAACGACGCGUACGCGGUCAUGCAGGUGGGCAAGGAGAAGUUUCAGACCUCGGUGGUGGAGAAGAGCGUGGCUCCGGUGUGGAGGGAGGAGGCCGCCUUCGACCUGCCGCCGCCACCGCUGCAUCAGGACGGAGGUGGAGGAGGUGGAGGAGGAGGAGGAGGAGGCAAGGAGCGCGGCACGCUGCGGGUCCACGUCCUGCACCGGGCCCUGGUGGGUCCGGACAAACAGCUGGGGCAGGCUGUCGUCAACCUGCUGCAGCUCAGUGAGGAAAAAACCCGCAACAAAACCGAAUGGUUUAAGUUGCUGGACAAGACUGGCAAGGCAGACAAAGACAGAGGAGAGGUGCUUUUGGACAUCCAGUUCAUGAGAAACAACAUGACUGCCAGCAUGUUUGACCUCUCCGCUGCGGGCAAAUCCAGAUCUCGCCUUGGCAAGCUCAAGGACAAAGUUCGUGGAAAGAAAAAGGAAUCGGACACUUUGUCUAACGUGGUGCCAUCCUUCACCCAAGUUCUGACAGACAGCGAUGAGGAGGGGAACGGGGGCGGUGAGCUAGCAGCGGGCAAGGGAGAUAAAAUGAAGAAACACAAGAUGAAGUCUUUAUUUUCUCACAAGUCUAACCUGCAGAAGAACAUGUCUCAGUCCAUGUCUGUUCUGCCUGCAAAGAACUUCUCACUGAGUGGCAGCCAGUCGUCUGGUCUAAAUGUGGAUUCCUCUGAAGGUAAAAAGAAGUUCAAGUUCUUUAAGCAUAAACGCUCAAACAGCUCAGACAACAAAGAUACCUCCUCAGCUCAACAGAAACAUGGAGCUGCAGAACAGAGCAACUUGUGCAUCAACGGCAGUCAUGUCUACUGUGAAGAGCUGCCGCCUCGGACCGCUCGCAUCGGCUCAAACUUCAGUCUGACCAGUUCAGGCCACGGAUCCAUGGAGGACGUCCCUGAAAGCUCUCCUCCAUCUGUUGACUCCCUGAGGGCGGUGAGGCAAUAUUCACCAUGGACAGAGGAGGAGGAGGAGGAGGGGGAGGGGGAGAAGGAGAAGGAGGAGGAAUUAGAAAACGCAAAAGAGGACAUGGGUCAGCUAAAAAGGGAGGAAGAGGAAAAGCUAAGGAUGCAAGAGGAGAUGAGGAGAAAAGAAGAGGAAGAGAAGAGAGUUAGGAGACAAGAAGAAGAGCUUGCGAGGUUGGCUGACGAGAAGAGGAGACGGGAGGAAGAAGAAAGGAGGACUGAAGAAGAGAACGUUAAAAGGGAGGAAGAAGAAAGGAUCAGGAGGGAGGAGGAAGAGAGUAGGCGACAAGAGGAAGAGGAGAGGGUAAAGAGAGAACAAGAAGAGCGUGAAAGAUUGGCAGAGGAAAAGAGGAGACAACAGGAACAAGAAAGAAGGAUUGAAGAAGAGAGAGUUAGAAAGGAGGAAGAGGAGAGGGUUCAAGAAGAGAGGAGACGAGAGGAAGAGGAGAUGGUGAGAAGACAACAAGAGGAGCAUGAGGAAAAGAGGAGGCUUGAGGAACAAGAAAGGAAACGAAAGGAGGAAGAGGAAAGAAUUCAAAUGGAAGAGGAAAUUGCUCGGGAAGAGAGGAUGAGACAACAGGAAGAGGAGAGAGUGAGGAGACAAGAAGAGGAGCGUAAAUUAGCAGAGGAAAAGAGGAGACUACAGGAACAAGAAAGAAGGAUUGAAGAAGAUAAAUUAAAUAAGGAGGAAGAGGAGACAAUCAGGAGGGAGGAGGAGAUGGCUGAGGAAGAGAGGAGACGAGCGGAAGAGGAGAUGGUGAGAAGACAACAAGAGGAGCAUGAGGAAAAGAGGAGGCUUGAGGAACAAGAAAGGAGGCUAAGAGAGGAUGAGGAAAUUAUUAAGAAAGAGGAGGAGGAGAAGGCUAGGAAGGAAAAGGAAGAACUUGAGAGAUUGGUGGAGGAAACGAGGAAACAAGAGGAGGAAGAAAGGAAAAAGAUUGAGGCAGAAGAGAAGAUUAGACGUGAGGAAGAAGAAAGGAUAAGGCUGGAGGAAGAGAGAAGGAGGAAAGAAGAGGAAGAGGAGAGUUUUAGGAGGCAAGAAGAAGAGCGUGAGAAGUUGGCAGAAGAAAAAAGGAUACUUGAAGAACAAGAAAGGAGAAUUGAGAAAGAAAGAAAGCAAAGGGAGGAAGAGGAAAUUAUGAUUAAAGAGAAGAGGAGACGAGAGGAAGAGGAAAGGGCUAAGAAAGAAAAGGAAGAAAAUGAGAGAUUGGUAGUAGAAAAAAUGAAACAACAGGAACAAGAGAGGAAAAGGAUUGAAGAAGAGGAGAAAAUUAAAAGGGAGGAAGAAGAGAGGAUUAGGAAAGAGGAGAAAGCUGAAAUGGAGAGGAAAGAAGAAGAGGCCAGAAAGCUGGAGAAAGAGAAGUUAACAAGAGACGCAAAAGAGCAGAAGGAGAACAAAACUAAACCCAAAUCUGCAAUGAAUAAACCUCCAGUGGCUGUGAAGAGCCCUGCAGAAGUCACUUCUACUAAUCCAUUUGAUGAAAACUUUUCCAAUAAUUCCUUCGAGGAGAUUCCUGACUCACCUGGUGGACCCGACAGCAGCACAACCAAGGUGUCAACUGUCCAGAAAAGGGUUCAAUCUGCAGCAUCGUCGGUAGGAAGCAAGCCUGUUUCCUCUGCUGAAAAGGAGCGUAUUAACACUCAACGGGAGAGGCGAGUGGCUCCUCAGCCUCCAGGAAGGAAUCAAGCUGAGAGACCGAGUCAGAGGGAGCAGGACGGAUCCACACAACAUCUGGCACAAAUUAACAAGAAGAGUAAAGACAAAGACAUCAAAACUGUCAGCGUUCUCCCUCAGCGCUCAGUGCAAAUGAUCGCUCCUCUGAGUAGGUCUCCCACAGAGACAAUUAACACCCAGAGUGUGAAGCAAAGUUGUGCCACCAAAGAAACAUCAAAUGCAGUGAAACACGGUAAACGCACUGCUCCGCCUAGACCUGGUUCUGUGGAAGAAGGACCAACAUCUGAUCAAAAAACAGACCCUUCUUCUGAUGACAACAUUUCCCGGGAAUGUGGCUCAGAGGCAAAAAAAGUCUCUGUCGUUUAUGGUUUGAAUCCAUUUGAAGACGAUGAAGAUGCAGCCCAAAAUGAUUCAACCCCCUCUGGUAAUACCGGUUCUGUACAAUGUCCUCCAGUCAUGUCACAAGCUGCCGAUAAAGAUGCCGCCUCUAAAACUAAUAUAAAAUCCUCAAAAGCACGCGCUCCCCCACUUCCUGUAAAGAUGGACGCCAGGUCAAGCACUUCAAUCAACACUGAAGGAGGCCAUGUUACAGAUGUUACCGGUGUGACUGUUAACAGUGUAACCCGUACAUGUGACCCUUUGUCAGAGGCUGUAGGUCCUGUGCGUGUCCAGGAGGAUCCGCUACAAGAGUCCCAGCCUGCGCCAGUGCAGAGUACCAGGGAGGAAGCAGGUGCGAAGAAAGUGGGGCUGCCAGUACCUUCACGCAGGCUUCAACCUGUAAAACCCCUUAAUCCUUUGGAACAGCAGUCUGUUUCAGUCGUUCAAGGGGAAAAAGAUAAUAAUUCCGCAGGCAUCCUUUGUGACGUUCAGGUGAAAACAAAGGUGAAUGACACUGGGCUUAAAGGGCCCUACUCGCAGCUGACUAAAGGGGAACUCAUCUCACUGGUGCUCAAACAAGAAAAGCAGCUUUUAGAGAGAGACAAAAAAAUAUCAGAACUGGAGCAGUACAUCGACAACUUGCUUGUGCGGGUCAUAGAAGAGAAACCAAGUAUUCUCAUGUCCCUGAACCCUCUGAAAAAAGCUGCCUAGGUGGAUUCACAAAUGUCACUUUAUCUGCUCUGUUCCUAAUCAGUUCCAUCCCAGUAAUCUGUCAGUGCAGCAACAGAAACUUCAAAAUACUGUUGACUUAUAUCUUGAAAUGUAGCUGGAGUAAAAGUUUGGAUUUACAAGGUUUCACCAUAUGGGCAAAUGAAUAAUGAGAUUGAAAUAUAUAUUUUAAAGACAUCUCGCAGAAGUUUUUUCAGUAUCAGCUAAAAUCUUUUUAAUUAGGGGAUUAUUAAAAUGAUCUACAUUUUUCUAUAUAUUUAGCAAUAUUUUUUGACACUUCACUGCAGUAUGUACAUACAUGAUGUUGUUACAAUUUCUUCAUGUUGAGAAUGAAUCAUUUCCUGAACUUACUUGCCAACAUGACAGACCUUGGUAAAACAUGGUCAUUAUUAAAAGCAACUGUUUUUCUAUUGACUGUUUUCCUGUCCCCUAGAGAUAUAUUCAGUGUGAAGAACAGCCUUCUUUUACUGUCCAAACUAUGCACUAGUUGUGUAGAUAACAUGUCUUGCUCUAUUACUGAAUGUCAACGUUUACAUGAUUCUACUAACCCCCAAAAGGCACUUUACUCUUCUUACACUGUUAACAUGAUUUUUCUCUGAUUUAUUGCACUGUGUUAUGGUAUUAAAAUAUGCUAAAUAAAAUAAAUGUCUGAUA